UCGUCGCUCCGUCGGUUGUUACUUGUGGAACAGAUUGAUGUAACUUUGUGGCUUCUGUGGGCAAAUCGACUACACAUAUGGGCAGCAGACACCAAAAUUGUGUGCCACUUGGCAUCUGUGGCGCAUUGAUUGCACUAGGCCUCUGCCUCAAAGUUGCUGCCGUCGAGUACUACACAGAAAAGCCAUCCUUUUUGCCCUCAUGUCGGAUCUAUGAGCCGGGCUUUACCAAAUGCUCCACCAACACGGUGCAAAAACUUAUCGACCAGCUCGUUGUUGGCAUACCAGAAAUAGCGCAAAGCUUCGGGUCAUUUGAUCCAAUGCACGUGAAGGACAUUGCUUUCAAACAGGACAAUAAUGAGGUGGCCACCAUACGUGCAAACUUAACCGACGUCGUCAUUAAGGGAUUUGCCCAGACCAAAAUAAAGGAGAGCCGUGUCAGCAAGAAGGACUUCAGCUGGCAGACCAAAAUUUAUCUGCCAAAAAUGCGGCUGGAUGCCAAAUACCAGAUGGCCGGACGAAUAUUGUUGAUACCGCUUAGCGGUUCUGGGAAUAUGUUCAUUGAGAUUGAGAAUCUAGACAUAUUACUGCUCACCAAGACGCAGUUGUAUGAAAAGGGCGGCUUCACAUUUGACAAUGUAACAUCGGUGCGGGUACAGUUGAAUAUGACACGAGUCCGUACUCACCUCGAUAAUCUAUUCAAUGGACGCAGCAAGGAAGUGGAGCGCAGCACCAAUCAGUUUUUCAACGACAAUUGGCGCGACUUCUACGAGGCACUCAAGCCCCUUAUCUAUCAGACUGUGGAAAGCCUGCUCUUCAACUUAAUGUCGAAGGUAUUCAAUCUCAUACCAGCGAAUUUCUUUGUCGAAGAUAUUCCCACUUCCAAGAAGCUGUACGGUACUGGGAAGUCAAUUACUGAUCCAUAAUUUCACAAUGUGUAUUACAAUGUAAUCCUUAGCGCAAUAAUAGAAAAUGUCUCUUCAGCAGAUUA